ACUCACAGCAUCAUCAGCCCUGCAGGUCCAAAAUUGAUUGGAAAAAAAUAACAUUACUCAACAUGGAGACUGCCGUGUUCAACUGCUGGCUCCUUUUUCUGCUGUUCAGCCCAACAGUUCCCAUGUGUUUACCCACAGACUUCACCCUGUAUGUGGAGAAGCCAGAGUGUGACUUCUGUGUGGCGAUCAACACCACUAUCUGCAUGGGAUUUUGCUACUCAAGGGACAGCAACAUGAGGGACAUAGUUGGCCCCCGCUUCCUUAUCCAGAGAGGCUGCACCUAUGACAAGGUGGAGUACCGUACCGCCGUACUGCCCGGCUGCCCCAUUGACUCCAACCCUGUUUUCACCUACCCUGUGGCUGUCAGCUGCCACUGCGGUGCCUGCAGGACUGACAGUGAUGAGUGCGCACACAGAGCCGGUGGGGACAGAGCUAGGUGCACCAAACCAGUUAGACGGAUCUACCCAUACCCUGGUCAGAGCAACUACAUGAUCCCUUUCUGAUUGUAUUGUUUUUGUUCUCAUUGUGUCUUUUUUUGUUAAAGUUACUGAGCACGACUGCACGAUCCAAGAAUGUUUUUUUUUUGUUUUUUGUAAACAUACGCCAUCCUUUAGCUUGUGAUGGAUACAGUGAUAUCUGCCUGUACUGUUACCUAUUGUACCAGUUUUAUUGUGCCUUUGUUGCCCAACGCGUCUGUCCUGCAGCUCUGCUUCUCAGUUUACAAUGGGGGUUUAUCCUGGUGCGUAUUUCUGAUUGCUCUUGUACACUCAUUUGUGUUUGACUUUUUAUGUUUAAUUUGAAAGGGAUACUCUGAAUGCAACUCAAUUAAAGCUAAAUUCUCUAAAUAGCUCUCUGACUAAGCUGCACUUGACUUAAUCAGAUCCUGUGUUAGACCACAGCUUUCUGUUUACAACAUGACAAACAGGCCAUCAUGCUCCACAAUGUCACCUCAGGAUACUAUAUUUGCCUCCACAGUCAUUCUGGAAGCACAUGAUUGUUGACACACCACUUAUUAUUUAAUGGAUUAUCAGGGACAGUGUCAAACCACAAAGCUUUGGAACAACACACACCAAAGAGAAUCAGGAAUCGCCGAACACCAGACUUACAUUGGGAAUUUGUUAUAUGUAGAGUUUGUCUGUAGUUUCGCAUUCACAAAGGGAAUUUGAGAGGACAGCUGGAGCUUAUUAAUAGCUCAACAGUUCACAAUGGGAGAAUGUAUGAGCGGUCCAUCAUGUGGAUCUCUGCGACAUCACUCUUUCAUCUCUUUAUAUUAUAUUCUGUCACUUCUCUGUAUUAUAGUGUUCUGUUAGUGAGGGUUUUUAUG